AUGGAAGGAGACUUGACCUGGAACUUUAUUGAUACUCUACUUUGGACCGUCGUUGAAUCAUUUGGGUAAGUUGAACGCCCUUUAUCCACCCUCAGUCCUCUUUGACCGUAUGAUAGUGGUAUUAUAUGCGCCUGUCUUCCGAUGCUUCGUCCUCUAUUUAUAAAACCAUCGAGCAGACCAACCUCAUCUGCGAGAAGUUCCAAAGAUUCCAGGUUUAGUGGUCCACGAUCGCCCUUUCGAGCGGAACAUGCGGACGGUCCUUCGAGGACGGGUAGUUUUAGUACUGUAGGGAAGGCACAGGGGCAGGGGAGUUGGACUCCUAGGACUACAGCUUACGAGAUGGAGGGGGAUAUACCGCUUGAUGGUCCCCGGGAUGUUGUAAUGAAUGUCGGAAUGGAACCUAAAGAGAGUGAGAGAUAA